UCUCUCUCUCGUUCUCAUCGCUCUCCUCCGCCGCCCUAUUCCGACUUCGCUCUCAUUCUCAGGCCGCCGCCGUCACUCCGUGCUAUCUUCUUCGAGUGUUUGCUACUUCUGUACGUGUAUACGAGAAUGAGUGAAGGUGAGGGCAAGGCGGUGAUAGGACUAACAUGGCAGCCCAAGCUGCCUACAGCUUCUCUUGCUUCGUCGUCGUCGUCCCGGAAACCUCAGGAUGGGGGUUCUCUUUGGAAGCCUACUCAGGAGCUUGUCGAUGGCCUGUUUUUGCCACCCAAUAAUCCUUCUCAGUUGAAAAAGUUGCAGAAGAAGCAAGUCAAGGACACUCUUGGCAAAGGAUGGUUUGAUAUGCCAGCUCCAACUAUGACCCCGGAAUUGAAGAAAGAUCUCCAGAUACUAAAGCUGAGAGGCGCUAUCGACCCAAAGAGGCACUAUAAGAAAGGUGAUUCAAAGUUAAAAGUUCUUCCCAAAUACUUCCAGGUGGGCACAGUCGUCGAGUCACCGAUGGAGUUCUUCUCCGGCAGGCUGACAAAGAAGGAGAGGAAAGCUACUAUUGCUGAUGAGCUACUUUCUGAUCAGGCCUUCAAGGCUUACAGGAAGCGCAAGGUGAGAGAGAUCGAGGAACAGAAUCGCCCUGGCGGGAAGGACAAGUGGAAAAUCAAGGGGAAGCAGACGUUCAAGCGAGCAAAGGAUAAAAGACGCUAAAGCAUCCUUAUCAUUUUUUGUACUCUUCGAAAAGAAACUUGAAAGAAAAAACCAGAGCUUCUCAUGUCGAUGCCUGAGGCCUGAGCAACCUCUCUCCCUUCUUCAAUUUUGGGUUGGUCAACGUCAUAUGUAUUAGAACAGGUAGAAAUGGGAAAUAGGAAAAUGCAGCACUAUAUCAGACGCUUUCUGUGUACUAACUACUAAGCCUUAAAUUCUUUUUUGACUGUGUUUCACUAAUAGCUUCCUAUUAUGAACAUUGUUGCAACAAAUGUCCAUUAUAACUUUGACCCAGACUUUGACACGAAAACGAUGGUAAUUGGUAGG